GCCCUGCCUUCCUCUCUGGACCCAGGAAAAGCUCUGUGUGCAGAGCCUAGGCUCCGCCCUUCCCUGGGCACUGAUCUUCUCUCACUUUCGCUGGCCUUAGUGGCCUUCCCACCCCAUUACUCUUGCCCACGCCUAACUGGCGCGUUCCAGCGGUUUUCUUUCCUAAUCAGUGACCGUCAUCCCUGUGCCCUCAGAGCUUCUGCGAACGUUGUUCUCCGUCCAAAAGUCGCUUCAAACCCAUUUCUGCUGGAAACUCCCCCGAGGAGGCUUCUGUGAGUUCUGUGCUGUACAAAUACCUCCACUUCCUGUUAACAGGAUCACGCCAGCCGAGCCGUGUCCUAAUUUUAAUUUUCCAGUCCGCUCGCUGAAAGGGAUUUUCCCCGCACCGUUUUUUGCCUGGCGUAAGCUCCAGCUAUGCUCCUCCUACCUGUGCGUUUCUGCCCAGACUGACUGGCCCUUUCACUUUCCCAGCCGCCCCUGCCGGCGGGCGCGGAAUCGGGCUCUUGGCGCCCCGUAGGGCCGAGAUCCAAGAUGGCUGCCCCCACGGGGCAUGGCCAGGGUGCGGCCAUGUUGCCGCAGCGGCAAAGCCGGGGUCCAGUUGUCUUUUCUCUAGAAAUGCUUCAGACCCUUGUUGGCCGCAACCCCGCGGUGCUGACGGACGCGGACGAAGUUCAGCGAAGUAAGUUCAGGUGCCGGUCGGUCGCAGUGGUGUGUGGCGAAAAUCAGCCUGUAGGUGCUGGCUCCCCAAGGACAAGAGGAAUCCAGGGAAAAAGGAGAAGAUUCCAAGACUUAGGCAUCAGCAUUUCUGGGGAAACCUUUGACUGGAGACUGAGAUUUUUGAACAGAAAUUUAGAGCUGAUCCAGAAGAGCUAAAGACAGAGCAUCCCGGUUAGCAGCCAUUUCCCAAAAUCAGAAGAAGAUGAUCCAGGCCCAGGAAUCCCUGACAUUUGAGGACGUGGCCGUGGGCUUCUCCCGGGAGGAGUGGCAGCUCCUGGCCCCCGCCCAGAAGGACCUGUACCGGGACGUGAUGCUGGAGAACUACAGGAACCUGGUGUCCGUGGGGUAUCUCACCAGCAAACCAGAUGCACUCUCCAAGUUGGAAGGAGGAGAACUUUGGACAACAGAAGAUGAGAUCGACAGUCGAAUCUGCCCAGAAAUCAGGAAAGUUGAUGAUCCCCUGCAGUGUCAGUUACAAAAUCGAAGCAUUCAGAAGAGUGUGGAACAAUGCUGUGAACAUAAUACAUUUGCAAGCAUUUUUAACCAGAGUGAAAGUGAUUUUCUGUUGAAACAAAAUUAUGAUAUGUUUGAUUUACAUGAAAAACCUUUAAAAUCAAAUUCAAGUUUGGAAAGCCAGAGUAUAAGCUGUAAUUUGGAGAACUCUGCUGAGUUUCAUGAAAAUGGGAAAUCCCUUCUUUAUGGUAACCACGAACAAUUUUAUAGUGUAAAUAAAUUUCCUGUAGGUGUAAAACCCAUUAAUAAUGAUUCCCAGGUCAUGAAACAACAGAGAACUCAAAAUACGCAGAAAGCCCAUGUAUGCAGAGAAUGUGGGAAAGCCUUUGUCAAGGUGUCUCAGCUCACUGAUCAUCAGAGAGUUCAUACUAGAGAGAAACCUCAUGGAUGCGGUAUGUGUAGGAAAGCAUUCUCCAGAAAAUCCAGGCUAAUUGAACAUCAGAGAAUUCAUACAGGACUGAAACAUUAUGAAUGCACUGAAUGUGACAAAACAUUUCCUAAGAAAUCACAAUUCAACAUACACCAGAAAACUCAUAUGGGACAGAAGCCUUAUACAUGUAAUGAAUGCGGGAAGGCGUUCAUCAAGAAAUGUCGGCUCGUUUAUCAUCAGCGAACUCAUACAGGAGAGAAGCCCCAUGAAUGCAGUCUAUGUGAGAAAGCCUUCUCUACAAAGUUUAGUCUCACUACGCACCAGAAAACUCAUACAGGAGAGAAACCAUAUAUAUGCAAUGAAUGUGGAAAAGGCUUCAUUGAGAAGAGGCGUCUUGUUGCACAUCAUCGAACUCAUACUGGCGAGAAACCUUUUAUAUGCGAUGAAUGUGGGAAAGGUUUCACCCUGAAGAACAGUCUUCUCACACAUCAGCAAACUCAUACAGAAGAGAAAUUGUAUACAUGCAGUGAAUGUGGAAAAGGCUUUUCAAUGAAGCACUGUCUCAUCGUACAUCAGCGAACUCAUACAGGAGAGAAACCCUACACAUGCAGUGAGUGUGGAAAAGGCUUCACCUUGAAGAGUCCGCUCAUCAGACAUCAGCGAACUCAUACAGGAGAGAAACCCUAUGUGUGUAGUGUAUGUGGAAAAGGCUUCACCAUGAAGAGUGAUCUCAUUGUACAUCAGCGAACUCAUACUGCAGAGAAACCAUAUAUAUGCAGUGAUUGCGGGAAAGGCUUCACCGUGAAGAGCCGCUUGAUUGUACACCAGCGAACUCAUACAGGAGAGAAACCCUACAUAUGCAGUGAAUGUGGGAAAGGCUUUCCAGCAAAGAUACGGCUGGUCGGACAUCAACGAACUCACACGGGAGAGAAGCCCUAUAUAUGCAGUGAAUGUGGAAAAGGCUUCACAGAGAAGAGUCAUCUCAAUGUGCACAGGCGCACUCAUACAGGAGAGAAACCCUAUAUAUGCAAUGAGUGUGGCAAAGGCUUAACUGGGAAAAGCAUGCUCGUUGCACAUUUGCGAACUCAUACCGGGGAAAAACCGUAUAUAUGCAGUGAGUGUGGAAAGGGCUUCACCAUGAAGAGUACUCUAGGUAUACAUCAGCAGACUCAUACCGGAGAGAAGCCAUACAAAUGCAACGAAUGUGAUAAAGCCUUCCGGAAGAAGACCUGCCUCGUACAACAUCAGAGAUUUCACGCGGGAAAAACCUCCUUUGCAUGUACCGAAUGUGGAAAAUUUUCUUUGCGCAAAAAUGAUCUCAUUACCCAUCAGAGAAUUCACACAGGAGAGAAACCAUAUGAAUGCAGGGAAUGUGGGAAAGCCUUCACGACCAAGUCAGGGCUCAAUGUUCAUCAAAGAAAACAUACCGGAGAGAGGCCCUAUGGAUGCAGUGAUUGUGGGAAAACUUUUGCCCACUUGUCAAUCCUUGUUAAACACAAGAGAAUUCACAGAUAGUCACUUUGGGAAAACCUGUUGCCAGUUGUAGGCCCUCAAGAUAAUAUUUUGCAAUGAAGAAUGAAUGCGAAGAAUGGUAUUAUCUUUAGUGAUCAGUUGUGUCACAUUUUACGUUGACAAAAAAUUUACAAAACUGCUCACGCAGCCAGCCUUGAUGAAAAUAUCUUAGGACAUUAUACAUCUAAAAAGUGUUGACUUAAGAUAGAUUCUAUGAAUGUGACAGACUAGGAAAGCCUUCGGUGGGAAGAAGACCUAUCACGUGAUCAUCACAGAUCAUGAAUGACUAGGAAAGCCUUUGCCCAGAAGUUAAGACCUCAAUAGAUGUUAAUUCACACUAGAGAAGUACUUUCCUAUGGUAAUAAAUAUAGUCCGGUCUUGAAGUAACGUAUUUGCCAGGAAAUCCACACAGAAAUAACUUAGGAACACGUUCAAUGUGGUGGACUUUAGCAAAAUACCGGACAACUUAAGGAAAGAGGACUUGGGGAAAUGAUGAAGGAGAGUUCUGUCAUAUGUCUAAACAUAACAGAUAAUACACCUCUCAGACAUUGAGAACAGGAUACCUUCAGCCAUAUAUCUGACUGCCUUGUCAUUGAUGUUAUCAAUUUUAAAUCGUGGCAGUUACUCUUAUCAUGUAUUAAAUUUUAAUAUGUACAAUGCAGGAGUGUUC